GACUGCUGUACUUGGUUUCAGUCUUGUCGAUUUGAUGUAUCCCCGUCGUUGAUGCUUUACUCAACUGCUAAAGAAAUCCCAUUCCACAUCAUGCAGUAAGUUCUACCUCCUGCCUCCCAAUCCCAUUCUAACACCACCCCAGAGACCAAGCGUACUUCAACCUCGGCCUACACCGUCGCCCAGUGACCACCUCGUCCCAGGAAGCCCAGCUCUGGUGCGACCGCGGCCUAGUAUGGGCGUACUCGUUCAACGUCGGAGAAGCCGAGCGUUGCUUCACACGAGCCCUCACCUACGACCCCAACUGCGCCAUGGCCCUCUGGGGCAUCGCCUACGCCGCCGGUCCCAACUACAACAAAGCCUGGCGAUACUUCGACCCCGCGGAUCUCCGCGCCUCGAUCCAAAGAGCCUCCGACGCCAUCGCCCACGCGGCCACGCUCCCUAACCACCUCACCACCCCCGUCGAACGCGCUCUCGUCUCAGCCAUCGCUGCCCGCUUCCCGUCCCCGGAUCGCAUCCCCGACGACCUGGCCCCCUUUGAUCGCGCGUACGCUGACGCCAUGCGUCCUGUCUACGCUCAGUUCGGUACCGACCCGGACAUCGCGGCGCUGUUCGCCGACGCACUCAUGUGCAUGACGCCCCGGGGGCUGUGGGAUCUCGACACCGGCGAGCCGACAGGGCCACACACCGUCGAGGCGCGGACGGUGAUUGAGAGGGGUCUAGCAUCCGCGACGGGUCGCUCGCACCCAGCCCUCUGCCACCUGCACAUCCACGUCAUGGAGAUGUCUCCGACCCCGGAACUGGCCCUCCCUGCGGCCGAUCGUCUGCGGUAUCUCGUCCCCGACGGAUCGCACAUGCUGCACAUGCCGACGCACAUCGACGCCGCGGUCGGCGACUACCGGCGCGCAAUCGACUCGAACCACGAGGCGAGCGUCGCGGACGAUAAGUACUUCGCCACCGAGACCGGGACCAUCUCGUACAUGGGGUACCGCGUGCAUUAUAUCUGCGCGAAGCUGUAUGCGGCGAUGAUGUGCGGCCGGUUUGCGGACGCGAUGGCCGCGGCGGAGAAGUUGGAGGAGGUUAUCACGGACGAGGUGCUGACGAUUACGAGUCCCCCUGUGGCGGACGCCAUUGAAAGUUUCCUGGGGAGUAAAGCGCAUGUGCUGAUCCGGUUUGGGCGGUGGGAGGAGAUCCUGCGCCUCGAGGUCCCGGGUGAUCGUGAGCUGAAGUGCGCUACCGCGGCGGUGGUUCUGUACGCCCGCGGCCUGGCGUAUAGUGCGCUUGGGCGAAUCGACGAGGCGGAAGCCACGCGGCGGGAAUUCGAGGACGCGCGCUCUGCGGUCCCCGAGUCUCGGUUGAACAGUAUCCCCUGUAAGCAGGUGGAUGUGCUGGGGGUUUCGUCGGCCAUGCUACACGGGGAGUUGGAGUACCGCAAGGGGAACUACGAGGUCGCGUUCGCGGCGUUGCGAGAGGCGAUCCGGCGCGAAGACGCGCUGCCGUACUCGGAUCCGCCGCCGUGGAUGCAGCCGGUGCGUCACGCGCUGGGCGGGUUGCUGCUGGAGCAGGGCCGCGUGGAAGAGGCCGAGGUGCUGUUCCGGGAGGAUCUGGGGUUCGCGAAGGGGUUUCCUCGGCGCAGAGCGAAGCUCAAUAAUGUGUGGGGUCUGCAUGGAUUGCAUGAGUGCUUGACGCGUCUGGGGAAGACGGAUGAUUUGCUUUUUGUCGAGUCGGCGCAUGCGAUUGCGGUUGCGACGGCUGAUGUUCCCAUCGUUGCUUCGUGCUAUUGUCGGUUGUCUGCGGUGGAGAGUGGGUGUUGCUCGGAGAAGUCUGGCUGUUGUCAAUAGAUGUGUCUGUUCUAUACUAUAUGAGUGAGUUCGGGUGGAAAAUAUGGCCCUGAUUUGAGUUAGGAGAAAUAGAACACAGGGUCAUUCAAUCGUUUUAGACCCGUUUACUCGU